CAUUCACAUAUACUUACGCUUAUAUGAAUAACACAUUUGUCAAUGAAAUUAUUUAUCACUCUCCUUACCGUAAAUCUUGGCUGGUUUUUCAGAGAAAACUUUGUAUUUCUUCAUGAAUUUUAUAUACGAAAAUGGUAGAAACGGUGGAGGAUAUGGAUAAUUUGGAUGAUAAACUAUUUAAUAAUGCAUUUAAGAGAAAUCCAUCUAUGGAAGAUGGUAAAAAAAGGAUUACAUUUGCAGAUGAAGACGACCCAUUAGCUGAUUUGCUAGCUGAUAAAGAUUUUUCAUCAGGCCAAAAGAAUCUGGUAGCAGUAAGAGAUAAAAGUAUAAUAGAUGACUUGUUCAAUAAUAAAAAGAUUUCCAAUGAAACAUUAUCAAGUUUAAAACCAAGUGAAAAGGAGAAUAACUCGACAUCUAUGUUAAGCACUACAGGAAUUGACAAGUCAAAAGUAACAGAUGAAAAAGCUAAAAAAUUGUCAUUGAUGCAAGAUUUGUUUGGAAAUACAUUGCAUAUGUCACCAUCAAAAGAAUCAAAUGCUAGUAAAAAAUCUGUACAAAUCGAACAAGGAGUCACACAGCAUGCAACUGAAUCUAGGAUACAAUCACAGCAUUCAACUUAUGCUCCAACAGCCUUUGGAACAAGAGAGCCACGUAGAGGCAAAAGAACUUCGGAGAUUAUUAAUGAUCCUUUAGGAUUAUUCUCUUUGAACACGUCAAAUCAAAUUGAAAAAACUGUGGAAGAAAGACAUACAGUGUCUGCAGACUCAAGUAGACAGAAAUCUGAAACUAAACAAUAUUUACCAGAUUGGUUAGAACCUACAAAGGUAACAGAAGAUAAAAAUAGCAACUAUAUCCAAGAUAAAAUAAUACCUGCUGAAGAAUUAUUCAGUAGGCAUAGAAGAUCGAGCUCUGAUAAAAUUGUUCAAGAAGAUGAAAUAAAAGUAGCUGAAUCACUGCCACAUGAGAAAAAAGGAUUGACAGCAUCAUCAGAUAAUCAAAAAAUCGAAAUAAAUAAAUAUGAAAAAGAAAAAAUUGAAGAUUAUCAGAAAUUGAAUACAAUAGAUGUGCCUCCUGAUGCAAAUAAAAAUUUGGAAGAUGCAUAUGGCAAUUUAAUUUGCAAAAAUGCAAGUUACAAAAACUUGAUUCAUAAAUUGGAGUUAGAAAACUCUAAUCUGACAAUAACAAUACGUAGUUUAAAUGAAAAAUAUGAACAUGAGAUAAUGAUAUUAGAUGAAUCAUAUAAACGGCAAAUAGGAUUCUUGCAAGAAAGAACGGAUACAUUGGAAAAGAGAAUGCAACAAGAACUUGAAUGUUUAGAGACAGAUUAUGAAGCAAAGAUUGAAAAGUUAAAAAAUGAAAAAAUGCAAAUUGAAACAUUUUAUAAAGAAGAAAUACAGAAUUUAAAGAAGGAGCAUGCACAAUUUAUAGAAGAAAUUUAUAAACGCCAUUCUCAAAAUACAAGACUGCUGCAGAAAGAGCAUUUUGAUACAAUAGAGAGUAUAUUAAAAAUGAGAGAGGUGGAGAAUUUGGCUAUGACGACCAUAGCAACUCACAAGACUGAUAUGCAGAAUUUGUUAGAAAAAGCUGACUUUAUUAUAGAUAAUAUAAAAAAUGUGCAAGAAAAGACUGAUCAUAAAGAAGACCAAAGUGUAAAGUUAAGAGAACAUUAUUUAAAAACUCAAGAAGAAGAUAUGCAAAUACGAAGUAUAGAAAUAAAGAAACAACAAGAAUUAUUAAAGGAAGAACAUGAUAAAAUGAUGAAAAUAGCAGACAAAUUAGAUUCACAUGUUGCACAAUUGAUGCUUGAAUUAGAAAAAAAAAGUAUUAUGCUUAAUGAGACAUUGGAAACGCUAAAAAAAAGAGAACAAUCUCUGUCACGUGAAAGAGAAUUGUUUGAAGAAAAAGUACAAUGGGAGUAUAAUCAUUUACAGGCUUUAAAAGAAUCUUGGUUUAAUGAACAAGAAAAACAAAUGAAGCUCUUAACAAAGGAAAAAGAAGCUAUUGCAGCUAAAAAGAAACAAUAUGAAGUUUUAAGGACAAUAAAAAAUAAUUCGGAUAAUAUCACACAGAUAGAGUCAGCUGCUGCUAUAAAGACAGCUCAAGACGCUACUAUACUCGCGAAUCAAGAACGAUUGAAAUGGCAAGAAAAAAUCAAGUAUCUCGAAAUGCAACAGCAGGCAUUACAAGAGAAAGAAUACCGGCUAUUAACACGCGCUAAAGAUAUCGAAAAUUUUACACAAGUAGCAUUUACAAAAAAUGAGGAAGCCAUCAAAGCCCUAAAAGAAGCUCGUAACAUCGAAAACGAGUAUAAAACUAAAUUUGACUCUAAUUUUGGCAUAUUUAAAAAACUCAAUUCAACUAGUGAAAAGUUGGCUUUGACAACUGCUGAAUUAGAGAAAUCGAAAAAGGAUAUCAAUAUUCCAUAUAAUACAAACAGGCGAACAUUGUCUAAUCAACAGCAUGCAUUGCAAGUUACUACUCAUUUUACAGAAGUUGUAGAUCCUCAAUUAGUAAUGUUAAAGUUAAAUCUGGAUGAUCAACUAGAUGAUAUUCAAUAUAUAUGACUGCCAUAAAAUUUUAAUAUAACACUUAAUAAAAAAUAUCUCAUACCUCUGUUUGAUAUUUUGUGUAUUCUAAGUAACGAACAAUAAAUAUUAAUAUAUUACUUAA